AUGUCCGAAAAACUCCCCUUCGCGCACCCGGCGCCCGAGCUCACGGCUCCGGAACCACGUCGCCGCCGGACCGCGUGGUGGUCCCUCAUUCCCGCCGCCCUUCUCCUUGCCUACCUUCACAAGCCGUCCGCCUCGGCCAUCCCGUUCCUCGGCCACGGCCACCACCGCAACGCUUCCCCCGCCGCCAACGCCUGCCACCAGGUCGACCCCCUCUUCCCGACCCAGAACUCAUCUGGCCUCACCAAUCUGGACUCAUACCUCGACAGCCCCAAGUUCCGCAACGAGACCGUUGCCCGCCUCUCGGGUGCCGUCCAGAUCCCCACUGAAUCCUUUGACAACUACGGCCCCGUCGGCGCCGAUGACCGCUGGGACAAGCUCCUCCCCUUCUCCGCCUACCUCGCAAAAACCUUUCCCAAGGUCCACGAAACCCUCCGUCUCGAGCGCGUAAACACCCACGGCCUGCUCUACACAUGGCAGGGCUCCGAUGACAGCCUCAAGCCCACCGUCCUCAUGGCCCACCAGGACACCGUCCCCGUGGCGCCCACUACCAUCGACAGCUGGACGCACCCGCCCUGGAGCGGCGCCUACGACGGAACCUACGUCUGGGGCCGCGGCGCCAUGGACUGCAAGAACUCUCUCAUCGGCAUCCUCGAGUCCGUCGAGCUGCUCAUCGACGCCGGCUUCGCCCCCAAGCGCACCGUCAUCCUGUCCUUUGGCUUCGACGAGGAGGUUUCCGGCGAGCGCGGCGCGGGACACCUUGCGCCGUUCCUGCUGGAGCGCUACGGCAAGGACGGCGCCGCCAUCAUCGUCGAUGAAGGAUCCGGUUUCGACACCCAGUGGGGCCAGACGUUUGCCAUCCCCGGCACGGCCGAGAAGGGCUACAUCGACGUCGAGGUCAUUGUGCGCACGCCCGGCGGCCACAGCUCCAUCCCGCCCGAGCACACCGGCAUCGGCAUCCUCUCGGAACUCAUCACGCACAUCGAGGCGAACCUGUACAAGCCCGAGCUCAUCUCCGGUAACCCGUACCUCGAGAAGCUCCAGUGUGGCGCCUCGUACGCGCCAGAGUUCCCCGACAACCUGCGCAGACUCCUCCCCGCCGACACCAGCAAGCAGAUGUGCAAGAAGAAGACGGACCGCCUGGCCAAGGAGGCCGCCAAAGCGGGCCCGCAGGUAAAGUACCUCUUCACCACCUCCGUGGCGACCGACAUCAUCGAAGGCGGCGUCAAGAUCAACGCGCUACCGGAGCGCGUCCGGGCCGUCGUCAACCACCGCGUCAACGUCGGCGACAAGACGGCCAGCGUGCAGGAGAAGCUCGCCGCCAUCGUGCGCCCCGUCGCCGAGAAGUAUAACCUCACCCUCCACGCCUUUGACGACGAGGCCGAGACGCCGUCGAGCAUCACGCUCAAGGGCAACGAUAAGGUGCUCGAGCCCGCACCCGUGACGCCGACGUCAGUGGAGGGCGUGACGCCGUAUGGAAUCCUGUCGGGUACCACGCGCGCCUUGUACGGCGAGGAGAUUGUUGUGUCGCCGGGUAUUAUGACCGGUAACACGGAUACCCGGUACUACUGGGACCUCACCCAGCAUAUCUUCCGCUUCCUUCCCGGAUAUGAUCCCGAGAGCGACGAGUGGGCGGGUGUUCACACCGUCGAUGAGAAGACGAGCGUCUUGGGCCACGUUAACCUCGUCAAGUGGUACACCAUCUUUUUGAGGAACAUUGAUGAGGCCGAGUUUGCUUAA